GGAGCCUCAUCGGGCUCUGCGGGGAAACGAGAUGAUCAGCCCUAGUGCUGCAGCAAAAUGCUGGAUGGACACCUCCUUCUGGGAUGGCUCUCCUCCUGCGCGCUCCUAGUGCUGCUGGGCGGCGCCCCGGGACCCUCCGCCGCCUACUUCGGGCUGACUGGGAAUGAACCUCUGACCAUCCUCCCUCUGACUUCAGAAAUGGAGGAAGCUGCCGUCAAGGCCCAUUACAAAGUGUGCGACCGCCUGAAGCUGGAGAAGAAGCAGCGCAGGAUGUGCAGGCGGGAUCCAGGGGUGGCCGAGACCCUCGUGGAGGCCAUCAGCAUGAGUGCCCUGGAGUGCCAGUACCAGUUCCGCUUCGAACGGUGGAACUGCACCCUCGAGGGGCGCUACAGAGCCAGUCUGCUGAAGAGAGGUUUUAAGGAGACAGCCUUCCUUUAUGCCAUUUCCUCGGCCGGGCUCACCCACGCCAUGGCCAAGGCCUGCAGUGCUGGGCGCAUGGAGCGCUGCACCUGCGACGAGGCCCCCGAUCUGGAAAACCGAGAGGCCUGGCAGUGGGGAGGCUGUGGUGACAACCUCAAGUACAGCAACAAGUUUGUCAAGGAGUUCCUAGGGAAGAAAUCCAACAAGGACCUGCGAGCCAGGGUGGACUUUCACAAUAACCUUGUGGGCAUGAAGGUCAUCAAAGCUGGUGUGGAGACUACUUGUAAGUGCCAUGGUGUGUCCGGAUCCUGCACUGUCCGAACCUGUUGGCGGCAGCUCUCUCCGUUCCAUGAGAUCGGCAAGCAGCUGAAGCAGAAAUAUGAGACGUCACUCAAAGUGGGCAGCACCACCAACGAGGCCACGGGGGAAGGGGACAUCUCACCACCCAAGAAAUCCGCCCCUGGCCACAGCGAUCAAAUCCCAAGGACUACAGAUCUUGUCUACAUUGACGAUUCCCCUAGUUUCUGUCUGAUGAGCAGGUAUUCGCCUGGGACUUCAGGAAGGAAAUGUUACAAGGACAAGAACUGCGAGAGCAUUUGCUGCGGCCGAGGUCACAACACACAGAGCAGGGUGGUCACACGGCCGUGCCAGUGCCAGGUUCGCUGGUGCUGCUACGUAGAGUGCAAGCAGUGUACUCAAAGAGAAGAAGUUUAUACCUGCAAAGACUAAUGCAUGCUCUGUCUAAUGGAGAUCCUCGGUGGUGGGAGAUUAUGAUCUAUGAGAACUACACAUGGAGACAAACAGGGUUUGACUGACAUUCUAGGAUCUGAAAGCUAUGUUGAGACAUAAGCACUUUGUAGGGUACAGGUGACCCAGCUGUGUUGCUUUUUUUUGUUUUUGUUUUGUUUUUUUCUGUAGACUGAAUUUUAACCAUGAGGUCCAACCGUGUGGAAAUAAGUGCCUGUCACAUUGGGGUUAGGUACCAGUAGACCCUCACCAAAGCCGUCCAUGAACCCAUCAGCUUGAUAGAUCACUCACUUCUCUUGAGGUUUUGAUUAUUUCACCAAUCCUGGCUGUCCAGACAGCCAAGCAAAUGAAUGAGAUAAACUGACUUAGGAUCUUUUUGCCUUGAAACGUUGUGGCUCCCUAAAGAUAGGGGGUGGGUUAAGCAUAGAGCACCAAUUGUUCCUCUAGUGGAAUUUCUGCAGAUCUAGCCUAAAAAGCUCUGACAAAGGGCUACCCUCAAAAAUGGGUCUGUUUUUUUUUUUUUUUUUUGGAUCCAUGAACAUAGCUUCAGCAAUGUUGGGGUCCCUCCAGCUUGCCAUGUUGCAGACAACAAAAAGAUUGGGAAGAGUUCAAAGACACCGCUGCCCCCCUUCAGCCUGAUUGGACACUCAUCUUCACAUGUUCUUCAGAUGCAGGUUUUUUUAGCACGAUCACUGUCUUAAUUUAAAAAAUAAAACCACUAGAAGACCUUUCACUUUUCGUUUUGUAUAGGGUUAAUUUCUUUCAUCUCUUGUUGAUUAGAAUCACCCUGUGGCAGCUGCUUCAAAAACCCAAACGAGGACUCUUUUUAGCCUUAUCUAGGCUGAAUUCAAAUAUCUAUUUGUUUUUGAUAGCUGGCAUAUGACCAUAUCAAUUCCGUUGCCUCUCGGAAGGCGAGGCUGACUUGAUGCUCACGUUGAAUAGCAGCCGUUCUGGACUGGAUCGGACCUUUUAGAGGAAAAGAUUUUAUUUUACUAGUCAGCAUUCCAUUUAUUCUAGAACAUGGCACAAGCUAAAUGUAGACCCUAUGACCUUAAGCUUUUUUAACCACUAGAUUGAGAACCAUAUUGUUAAAGGUAACAAACCAUGGGAUUCCAAAUGCCUAGCCAACAUAUGGCUCUACCCAAGGGUGGACAGAGAGAAAAGCUGAAUGCAAUGGCAGAGAGCUCCAAUGCUGUGAACUAAUGACAACCGCCAUUUUUUUUAAAGAGGAUAUUUACAAUGUAGUACUUGAUGUGGCAAUGUUCUUUGGUCAUAUAACAUUGCUGGGAUCAGAAGCGGCUGGUAAAUGCCUUAACGAAGCUUUCUAAGGAAACACUGGAGAGUGGAGGGCUUUUCGGGGUGGGGGGAGGUAGCAGUCUUUUUGUCUAGUAGUAGUAGUGAUUGUCGCUAGUUUAUAACCCAUAUCUGGCUUUCAAGGGAGGAAGGUUGACUAGCAAAAAAAAAAAUUCUUGUUUUCAAGGAAAAGUAGAUGGUUGGUUGCAUAACGAGCCAUAUGACCUUCCAAGAGGGACUAUCAUUGGAGCAUCUUCUCAAAUAGUAGCCACUAAUAUUUAAGCUGUUUAUGUGCAUCUACUGGGAGAGGAUCUCUUCUCCUAAUCAACAGAUAACAGCAGUCCAGCCUGGCCUGUUGGUGUACUUUCUUCUGGGUGGGUGAGUGGCGGGGUGGGGAAGAGUGUGGGAGGGAAGGUGUUUUUUCCCUUUUAAAAAAAUAGCUUUACAAUCCUGCAAAACGAAACAUAGUAGCGCUUUUUUUGUACACUUCGGGAGAUUGGGUGCACUGGGGAGGGGGGGGCGGGAAGACAGUUCUGGGGCACCAGCUGUCAUUUCUGGUGACUCUGCGUAGCAAAUGCACAUCGACGCAUUGAAUGCGAGGUAUAAGGAGGAUUCUGCGACUUCUGCCAGAUGCGCCAGUCGAAAGUCGCACACAAGCAGUUUACCUGGUGGUUUGUUUUAUUAAAUAGACUGAACAGAAACAUAUUAGUCAGUGUGGAUAUAUAUGCAUAACUAUAUAUAAAUAUUGAAUGAACAUUUAUUUAUUGUAAAGCCUUUCAGAAGGACCUUGUGGUUUCAAUGUGGUAUUAUGUCCAAUCUCUCUCUCUCAGAUGCAAACUCAUUGCAGUAAUUUUUUCAUAUCACUUUUUUUUCCAAAGGGGCUUAAACCCAGAUCCAAACAUACCCUAAACUUGAGAAAUUUUAGAUCUGAGCUGCUGGGUCCAGACCCCUAUCUACAAACUUAAAACGCAGGACAGUUACAUGCUGGAUUUCAUUUAUUUUUUUGUAACUGAGGCCUGACUUUUUCCCUCCUUUUAACCUGUGUAUCCAUCUGCAUUGACCUGUCGGGGGUAACACCACGCCUUCAUCAAUGCCAGAGGACAAUGAGGCCCUAUAUAUGUAUGGAGAGGGUGUGGAAUUGACAGAGUUUGGGGGUUGUGGAUGGGACGCAUCAAUAGGGUAGCUUGCACAUGGCGUAGAUUUCCAAGCAAUGUGUUUGACAAUGGCGAGAGAGAGGCUGGGGCAAUAAGGCAAACUAAACGAUCGCAGAGAGGUAAAAGGCAAAGAGUGAAUGAACUACUGAGUGAAAGAGCUCUUCUGUGUAUUAUAAUUCACGCACUGAAGCCUGGAUGCUUUCUGUAAGUAUUUAAAAACAAAUUGUAUUUAUGUUAAUUUGGAGAUAUUACUUUCCUGUUAUAUAUUGUAAAUAGUAAGGUUUAUUCUCCUGUGGUUAAGCAAAACUAUAAAUAACUAAAAUAGUAGCGAGGCACAUGCAUUAAAUGUAUAGGCAGUGUAUAAAAUAUACUAACACCCUGAAAUCAGGAGAACUUGCCUUUUUGACCUAAGGAGGUAUAACAUACACACUUGUGUUUUGUUUUUUUAAAUUCCAGGGUUUUCCAAUGUUUGCCUUAUUUUUGGAAAAUAAAUGGAUUCGGAGGGGUGGGGGUGGGAAAUUAGGUCUCUCCCUUAUGGGAAGGUCCUAUCAAACUUAAUUAGGAUGGAUCCAGUAGUGUCUUUACAGAAAUUCCUCUGAACUCUAAAGAGAAUUUAAUAGUCUCUAACCCUUCUCUGUAGGUUUUUUUUAAAUGAUCUUAUGGAACUUGCCAGAGAAUUAUAUCCCUGCUGCUCUAUAGGGUAGCUCAAUAAAAAACCUGUAUAGGACAUAAAGAUAAGGUUUUUAGAGUAACCUCUAGAGAAUCUAUUGGCUUCAUCCAUAUUAAGUUCUACUUUUCCAUAAGGGCUGGUUUUGCUGUCACUUAUGCCAGUGCCAGUGUAACUCCAUUGCAAUGACUCAUUGCAAUGACUCAUUCUAUAAAACUGGUAUGAGAGCGGAAUUGGACCCUGUCUCUGCCAUGGUGCCAUUUUACAAAGCAAGCAAAGUUUUUAAGCUUUUUUCUUUCUAAAAUGGACCCUUGCAGCAGAUAUAACUGGAGAGGGAUGGCAAGGUGUGUGUAUGGGCAGCUUUCUGCUUUCCCCUUCCCUUCCCCCUUCCGGUGUUUAAGGGCUGGUUCUCUUUAUCUGAUCCAGCUAGACUUGGAAGGUAAUGGAAGGGUGCAACCAUUAUUUAUAUAACUUUAUUUUAAUUUUUUAUCAUAGAGAAGUUAGCCGAUGGAAAAAUAUUUUUUUGAGCUGUGCAUUUAGCUAUGUCAAAGAUAAUAUUUUUGUAAACCAGGCAAACUGAAAACGUUUGCUGUUUUAUCUUAGAUUUUCUACUAAAAAUAAAAAAUCCCACACAAAUAAUUGUUGCACCCAUCAUCUUUAACAAGCUUCUGAACUCUGCAACUGACUUCCAUAUAUUGGAUGUGAAGUACAAAACAAAUCCUAAAUGUUACAGUACUGUUCUCUUCCAACUUCAGAGGCCUUACCUUGGCAAACCCAGUAGUAUUUACCUUAAGGUGACGACCGUGUUUGUUCAUCUGUUCCUUCCCUCAAACUGAAACGAGAAUUUCUGAUCAGAGGUGGAGGGAAGCAGACGUUUACAGAUGCCCACACCUAAAAUUUUGUCAACUGAACUUCUAAGAUCUGCGCUGUAGCGGGCGGAAUAGAACGAUUUCAGGGCCAAUACCACUGUCCCUGAAAUGAAUGAGGCUUUUGCCUGUGGUUUUUUUUUUAGUUGGAGCAGCAGCGGUGGCUAUUAUGAAAGCAGUGGGGGGUGGCGGGGAGGAGAAUGAGAAGCCAUGGAAGGGUUUAAACAUGCAGGACCCAAUUCUGGCCUCCAACAUACACAGCUCUCUCUAACUUCAGUUCAGUAGUGGCAUGCAUGUGAGGCUGGAAUUGUCCAUUGCAGCUAAGGAUGCUUGGCAGUCCUCCUUGGAGGCAAAGGAUAGAGUCAGGGACCUGUUGUCAAAAGCCAUGACUUACCGUAGUCAGCGCCUUUGGAAAGGAACGUGGAUGAGGGAGACUUAACACCUAGUAUGUCCUCAGCCGGCCAUCUACACUCCUUCCGGUAAGGCAAUACCAGGAGGGUGAUGGCCUGCAAACUUAUUUUCAUUUGCUCCACUUUUGCCAUGGGCAUUAGCCAUUUCUCCACCUUUUUGCCAAGUAUCCGAGUACAAGCUUGAUGAGGGAAAAGAUGUCUAAAGGGCCAUUGCUUGGAAGGGAGCAUUUAGAGGGUAUUGGUCACUUGCAAACACUACUUUGUAAUGCUUGUGAAAUGUUCCCAGGAGAGUUGAGGCCUUUCAGUAGCCCACAGAACAGCUGCAGCCCGGGCAAUGCCAUUGCUAGCUUCUUUCCCUGUUUGUUCAUCUCCAGCAGCUUCAUAGCUAAUGCAGAAAGUCUCUUGUCUCCCUCACCCAUUCAGUCCUUGGCUUAUGCAUGGUGGGUGGCUUUGUAAAAUGGGCUUCACCUGUGAGGUGCUGAGUGCCUUCCUCUCCUAUUGAUGUCAGUGUGAGGUGGAGGAUGCUCGGCACCUUGCAGGAGCGAGCCUGUAGACAUCUGUCCAUGAGGACCUGGGCUGAGACACUAAUUUACUUCCAUGUAGGUUACCAGAUCGCUGAAUUGGUGACUAGAUUUAGAGUACAACGUGGGGCUAGAUUUGGACCAGCUCCCUAGAGGGAAAAGGGUCCACAAUAUGGAACACUUGAACCUCCAGUCACUUCUUAGCCUAACGCUAAAGGUUAAAGCUGAAAGAGUAUCUUGGAUGGGAAGUUGUAUAGCUCCAAAGCUUGUAGAGAGGAGUAGAAUAGAAAUGUAGACAGCACCUUAACUUGGGUGCCAUUUUAUGCUAGCUCUUAUUUUAAAGGGAUCAUUCUUUCUCUAGACCUUAAGUGGAAAACCUAAGUUAAUGCAAUACAUGGAAAUACAGUUCAAAUGCAUCCCCUCACCCUCUGUGUUCAAAUGCACCCAGCUCAAUGCUUCCCGAGAGCCAAGCUUUGAAAAGUCACUAUCUUACCAGGACCCGCUCUCCCGUUGUGCAUCCUGUAUUCGUAGGGUUAUGCUGGGCUGGCCUCCGUUCAGUCACGAGCGUAGAAGCACUUAGUCUCAAGGAGUUGGAGAAAUGCACUUAACAGAAUUUGCAAAGAGGUAUGAACAGGAAGCUGGGUUACCUGUUAGGUUUAUCCCAGCCUUGCCAGCUCUCCUGUCUUCAUUUGGGGGGGGGGGGGGAGAACAACAACCCAAACUAGCCUUUUUAUACUCUGCACGUGACUUCCCCUCCCCUCCCUUCCCAUUUUGCUACGGUUCCCUGUGAGGUCUGAAUGUGGAGUCUAGGAUUUGUUUUGUGCACUUGAGAAUGGCAUUUCCUCUUGCAAGGGAGAUGGGGGACUGAACACUAACAUAUGAAGGAUUAGUAUUUUCUUUGGGUUUUUUUAAUGUCUUAUGGGAGCCUAAGUUAUUUUUCUCUACCUCAUAUGUACAGCUUGUAGGUAUAAAUCUGAUUCUGAGUGACUGUUGAGAAUGUAUUUAAGUUAUUUAACAUCUUUGUAUAACAAAAGCCAGAACAAAUGAAACAAUAAAUGUAUUUUAAAUUAUA